GUGACUGUUCCAUUCACAUGGAGAUCUUUCUUUGCCAAGGUGGUGGGAGAAUGGAGAUUCAGCAGGAUCCACUGCAACAUAUUUGUGACACUCGAUGUCAUGAUGUGCACGGCCAGUAUCCUUAACCUUUGUGCCAUCAGCAUUGACAGGUACACUGCCGUUGCCAUGCCAAUGCUCUACAAUACCCGGUACAGCUCCAAGCGCAGAGUCACCAUCAUGAUCUCUGUCGUCUGGGGCUUGUCCUUUGCCAUAUCCUGCCCAUUACUAUUUGGACUGAAUGAGUCAGACACCAGGAAUGAUGCCACCUGUCUUAUUCACCAUCCCGAAUUUGUGGUCUACUCGUCCAUUUUCUCCUUCUUCAUUCCCUUCAUCGUCACGCUGUUGGUGUACGUGCAGAUUUACGUGGUGCUGCGUAAAAGGAGAAAACGAGUGAACACCAAGAGAAGCAGCAGGUUUGAGUCGGAAAUCCAGGCACCAUUAAAGGAUAAGUGCACCCAUCCAGAAGACGUGAAGCUUUGUACAGUCAUUGUGAAAUCAAAUGGGAGUUUCCCCACCAAUAAGAGGAAAGUGAUCUUGGUGCAGGAGGCCGUGAGCCACCAGGAUGAGAUGGAGAUGGAAAUGAUGUCGUCUGCCAGUACCCCUCUAGAGAAGACCAAGCUCAAAAUGGCAGCCGCCAGCCGCCAGCUGACUGUGCCUACUCCCUCUAACCAGGGAGCGAGUUCUAAUCUGCCAUCACCAGCAGGCAGCCCGGUAGAGAAGAAUGGUCACCCUAAAAACAUAAGCAAAGUGACCAAAGCUUUUGAAAUCCAGUCGAUGCCAAAUGGUAAAACAAGAACUUCACUCAAGACCAUGAGCAAGAGGAAGAUGUCCCAGCAAAAGGAGAAGAAAGCAACUCAGAUGCUGGCUAUUGUCCUUGGGGUCUUCAUUAUUUGUUGGUUGCCAUUCUUCAUUACCCAUAUCCUGAACAAGCACUGUAAAAAAUGCAACAUCCCUCAAGCCUUGUACAGUGCCUUCACCUGGCUGGGUUAUGUCAAUAGUGCUGUGAACCCUAUCAUUUACACCACCUUCAACAUAGAGUUCAGAAAAGCUUUCAUCAAAAUUCUUCACUGCUAAAGCACUGCCAA